AUGUCUUCUUUCAAAGUCCUUUGCACGUGUGCUGAGAAGACUGCCGUGGAGGCAAAGGCCUGUGUAAAGGCGCUUUGGGGGCCAGAGGGCAGCCCAAAAGAGUUUGUGCUCCAGGGGAGUCUUAGCUUGCUCUCCAAUGAUGAUGGCAGGAGGAAGUAUACUUACGUUACAACCGGACUGCCCGACGAAUCGAGCUUUCUAGAUUACAUGUUGAGAGUUGAGGUGGUCAAGGAAGGCGGAAGUGAUGCCACUGGUACCAGAGAUAUUUUGCUGCCACCAGGAAAAUGGAUUCUUCAUCAGCCCAAGACAAAGCCCUCGAGAAGCGGCAAACACAAAGCAUUUGUCAUCAAGGUUUCCUUCGAAGUCACGGCAUCCAAUCCAUUGCAUUCGGUCGAGGUCAUCCUCCCCAUCAUUGAUGACGACGAGGAAAAGCAGCGUUUGUUCUUUGGGGCGAUCGUCCAUGCUGAAGGCUGGCACCGACGUUAG